AAAAUGCAAUAGCAAACCUAAAAAGUAUUCACAUAAAGACAUCAUCAAUAAAUUCCUUAAUCUCUAAACGGUCCCCAAGUCUUAAAACACGUCGACAAUUACAUAAUAUUUAACGAAAAACUUGGUGGAGGUUAAUUUUCUUAAGUUUAUAAAGCAAUGGAUAAAAACGAUAGUACCCACUAGAAAUAUUUUGCAGUAAAAACAAUACCAAUGACCCCUGCUUAGUAUUAAAAAAUUUCCAAUUAUAAUCAAUUACUCUAAAAAGAAAUAGACAUCUUAUUAAAAGCCAGACAUUAAAAUCUUAUAUAAAUGCAUGAUUUAAAAUAAACACCAAAUAAUUUAUAUUUAUUUCUUGAUUAUUGUAAUGGAGGUGAUCUUCGAUAAUAUAUAACAAAAAAAAAAAACCGUUUAUCAGAAGAAGAAGCAGUUGAGUUUUUUAAAUAAAUGUGUGCCGGUUAUUAAGCCUUAAACGAAAAAAAAAUCAUCCAUAGAGAUUUAAAACCUGAAAAUAUACUACUCCAUGGCAACAAAAUAAAAAUCGGCGAUUUUGGAUUUGCCCGAAUAGUUACAGAUCUUGACCAAGCAGUCCGUAUGACAUAAAAAUGUUCGCCUUUAUAUGCUCCUCCAUAGAUUCUUUUAAACGAAAAAUACUCAUCUAAAUGUGAUGUAUGGUCCAUGGGUUGCAUUUUCUUUGAAAUGCUAUACGGAAAGCCUCCUUUUAAUGCCAAUUCGAUAAUAUCUUUAUCGGAAAACAUAAAAAAAAUAGUCGGAAAUUCCCAAUAUUAACUACCUACCUACCCACCUAUAGCCCCCGAAGCUAAAGACAUUUUAAUAAAAAUGCUUAUGUAUAAUGAAAAAGACAGGGUUUCUUGGGAAAAAAUAUUUAAGCAUCCUAUUUUAAACAAAAAUAUAUAAAAAUUAGUCCCUUUAGAUGUAGAAUUGGAUCAUGCAAACAAUCCUUUAUAUUAAUCAAUAAGAAAAAACAUAGAUGCAGUUUGGGAAUAAUAAUAACUAACAAAAAAAAUAAUAAACAAUAUAAUAAUAAUAAUAAAUAGUUUAGAAAAUAAAAAUUGA